AUGCUGCAAAUACCAGAAGAAUUGCAAACCGCGUUCGGCUAUAUUGGCGCUGCAUCUACUUGUUAUCUUGCCGUACAAGUCGCCCGCCAUUUUUACUGCUACCUCCGACCCUCCAGUCUUUCGCGGUACAACUCCCCUGAGAAAGAUGCUUGGGCUCUCGUGACCGGCGCCAGCGAUGGAAUAGGCUUUGGAUUUGCCCAGGAACUCUGCCAGCGUGGAUUCAAUGUCUUCCUACACGGUCGGAAUCACGACAAGUUACUACGAAAACAGGAUGAGCUGCUGGCCGAGUUCCCCAACGCAAAGGUUCGGAUCAUCGUCUUCGACGCGUUUAAAAGCUCUGAAGAUCUCAGUUGGAUUGCACAAGAGAUUGGUGACGCCCGUCUCACUGUUCUGGUCAACAAUGCCGAGGGGGAGUGA